GUAACUUAACAGACACGUGUUAGGUCAGCAACGAAGACUUGUCUCGUCUUUGACCCACAAUCAAGUGACAAUUUUCCCAAAAGCCCAUAAACAACCUCCAUGCCUACACAGCCGAGGUCAGAUGUUUCAGGAUGUCUCGCCUACUUGCCAGAAGCGACGACGCCCGAUGACGGCGCAUCGAAAAAAGCAAUCUGGGAAGCCCUAGGCUUUGAGUCCCAAUGCUUUCCUAUCAGAGACUCUGUCACUUUUUGGGAAUCAGACAUGAUGAAUGGAUGACAUUUCUUUCCUUAAACAAUGUUAUGUCCUCUCGCCGGUACAUCAUAAAGUUCAUAACGUGUAAGGUUGCUAUGAUAUGGUGUAUACUUCCCACAGUGUUCGCCCCGCUGUGUCCU